AUUCGUAACAAUACGAUUCUUGGAAUUAAAGGAAUACGGAUUUUAAAUAGUGUCUCUUUAACAUUGACAAAGAAAAUUUAAUAUGCAUUGACGUGAAAACAUAAUACCUACAAACAAUCAGUUCUUGGUAAUAUAUAAAAGCUUUCCUUUCAAUCAAUUUGAAAAUUUAAAUUAAUUUGGAACUUUGAAAUUGUUAAGUUAUAAAUACAUACAUACAUAUAUGUUUUCUGUGUAAGUAUACAGAAAGAGGAGCAACUGCGCACGCACGGACAAAUAUUGCAAGAGAUCGGAAAAGGAUUUCUUGUAUUAAAAGCCUUGAAUCUAGACGUUAAAUACAUGCCGGAAAUGUAUCUGGAUAGUACUAGCACGCUUAGCGGCUCACGAAGUUGCUCAUCUAAGUCUUCAGAAACAAUGUCGCCAGAUAUAAUGAAUGCAUAUAAUGGAAGCGCACAAUUUUUUUCAUCAACACAGAUACCCACUACAAGCGUUUCUUCCAUAACUAUGAUUCAGCCGCGCGCACAAGCGCAAGUACAAUGUUAUGGACAUUUUAACGGCUACAACGGGGCAUUAACCCAGCUACCUUACCACCAACAAUAUGGAAUACACGAUGAAAACGUCAAUCAGGGGCUCCAAUGGAAUUCAUAUCGAAUGGCGGACGCCACAUUAGCUCAAAAGCAACCUAAAAACGAAAUAUCUAAAUCCUUGAAAAUGUUUGCCAUGUUGGCAGCAUAUAAAUAUGGGAAAGAUCCUAUAAAACAUGCAAGAGAUUCACCGAUGGAUGAUAUAAUGAAGGAUUUCUAUUGUAAUGGAUACGUAGCAGAUGAGUCAAAUCUCCAUCCUCAGGGACAUGCUUUAAUGGAAACGUCAUCGCUUCUUCAGCAUGAAUACGUCACUAAUAAAAUACGUCGCAACAAUAACGACAGCGAAAACAACUUGAAUUAUAAUACAACAAAUUAUGGAACUAAUAAUGGAAGCAAUGCCAAUCCUGUAAUAAAUAGUAAUAAUGAAGCUUUUUUCAAUCAAUGCUAUUUUAAUCCGAAUUUAUGUAUGAUGAAGUCGCUCGCAACGUCGCCUUUUUUGAGUAGUGGUGUCACAUCUCAUCCACCCCGGCAACAUGCGGCUACUGUUGCUGCAGCGGCCGUGACUGCAGCCGCAACUGCGGCCGCUUCCGCCAACAUCGACUACAAUAGUCAAAACAUUAAAAGGCCGCAGAAACGCUAUGGGAGUGCGAAGUUUGACAAGUUUUCUGCAGUGAAACAUUGUGUUUUCUGCGAAAAUAACAAUGAACCAGAAGCUGUGGUGAAGAGUCAUGCCGUUCGUGAUUCACUCGGACGUGUGCUGUGUCCAAAGCUACGCACUUAUAUAUGUCCGAUUUGUAAGGCCUCUGGAGACAAAGCGCAUACGGUUAAAUAUUGCCCACAAAAACCGAUUAUUACAAUGGAAGACGCAGUGAAAGCAGAAUCUUUACGCCUAGCAAAAAACUUCUACUAUAAGCAAAGAAUGAAAGUAUAGACCGUAAUAUUUAGUAAUUAGAGAAAGCUCGAAGCAAAAAACGUUUAAACACGUUUUUUACGAAGUGUGCGAAAAUUUCUACGGAUUUAGAAUUGAAUAUAAAUCUAAAACCUGGGAAUUCAAUAUUGUUUGAAUUUCUCAACUAAAUCAAUUAAAUUUUAUAUUUAAUUUCAAUGUUUUUAUAAACGCCUGAGGCGUAUUCGUUUUUAGCAAUUAUAAUGUUUAAGGAUUCGUGCAACGGGAAGAAUGUACGUUCAUCAAUGAAUUAUUGUCUUAGCCUACAUACGUACAUAUUAGAGGCAAGAGUACAAUGAAGUAAAGUACACUACAACUUAAAUUUAUCUGUAUUUCAAUUUAGUCGUAUGUAGUCGUAAAAUACGUCAAUUCAUUUAAAUUAAACAUAUCCAUUUUAAUUUUAUUAAAAUCAAAUGAAUACAAUCCAAUAUUUCACAUAUAUUAUACAUUUAGUCGUAAAGCAAAUUAAAUUUCUUUAAUUGAAGUAUGAUUUUUAAAUAUUUGAUUAUGAUUUAAUAUACAUAUAUUAAUUCUCUACUCGCUCUACUAUGCUAAUAUAUUAUUGUAAUUGAAUUUUUUUAUUUUUUAUUCACAUUCCUCGCAAACAGAUACAUUUUAAUUUAGCUGACAUUUUAUACUAAAAAUUAACAUUUAAAUUUCAUUCGGUGUCUCAACUUUUAGUUGUUAUUGCCCAACUAAUGAUUGAAGUUUUCAUAUUUCGUUUUGUGUAUUCAAGUAGAAAACAGCAGAGAAAUUUUAAAUAAUUAAGCUCGAAUGUGAGAUUAUGUUAUCACUUCAAAUAUUAA